UGCCAACAAAGUAGAAGAAAGAAGAGGAAGUGACGACAUUGUCGAGCUCAAGUCUGGAUCAUCAGCUUUGCUUCUCUAACUAGGCGUCAAAAAUGGAGACAACUUUUAAAGGCUAAUAAUAUCUGACAUUAAUUGAAGGGCUGACUAUAAACGUAGACCCUGACGGUGGCCUCGCCAAAAUAUAUAGUUAGAAAGCUACAUAGUGUUGCAGCGCAGAUGCGGUACUGUUUACUUCUGUUUUCCCGAGGCUGAAACCAUCCUUGUUUACCAAGGUUUUUUGCAGCUCGGUCAUGUCAGUCAAGGCUUGAAUCGCCUCUGGUAACAACAGCACGCUGUCAACCGUAAACAUCCAUCCUGUUAGGCCUGCCCUCCACGAUCAGCGUAAUGGAGGCACAACACUGGAGCGGUGCUACCGACUGCUGUGCGCCUACCACGGAUGAUUUUCAAUCAGCUCCCCAGGGUGUUGUAUCCAGCCCCCCCAGCCUCGAGAACCUGUCCUGCACUUCUCCGAAUGCGGGUCAGGUCAGACAGCCGGAGCCCAUCUCUUACGUGACCCUCCAGGAGCAGCGGUGCGUCCUGAGCUGGUUCCAGGGUUGGUCCGGCAUCCAGAGGGAACGGUUCCUUCAGGACCUGCUCGGUAAAGCUGUGCCGGGGAAAGUGUGUACUCUACUGGACUCACUCAGUAGUCUGCAGGUUAAAGACCAUCUACCGAACAUCUUUGAGUGCCAGCUGCGCCUGUGGACCCAGUGGUUUGAGUCUUGGGGAGAAGAGGAGAGGAAUCAUUUCCUACACAUACUGGAGGAGAGAGAUCCACAGUUUGUGUCCCAUUUUUACAGCUGUGUGGCAGGUACAGCAGGAAGAGACUGAGCAAUGUUAACUCUGUGACCUUAAACAAGUGACUGUUAAAAAAACAAAACAAGAGAUAACAGUAUGUUGCAUUGGAUUUAUUGUUGAAGGUAAAUAAUUUGAUAUUAAGAGCAGGCAUGUCUGUUCGAUAUAAGAUGUUACUGUAUCUAAACAUGUUAUACAUUUAUACUUUUUUAUUGUGAUGUUUUUGUUUAUUGUUUAAGGGCUGCCAUUUCACACGUUGUGGCAGUAACCUGAAAUAAACUGGUUUCACAUUUGGGUGUAAGAGAAUUACAUUUUCAAGCAUUUCUUUUUCUAAACCAGACUUAUUGAUUAAAUCACAGACUGACACUUUGUUACACUUUAAUUAAAGAACAUGAGUUGUUGUA